AUGACUGAGUUCUGGCUUAUCUCGGCUCCCGGGGAGAAAACAUGUCAGCAAACAUGGGAGAAACUGCAUGCGGCCACCACAAAGAGCAACAAUCUUUCUGUGACUUCCAAGUUCAACAUUCCUGACUUAAAGGUUGGCACACUAGAUGUCUUGGUUGGUUUGUCAGAUGAACUGGCUAAACUGGAUGCAUUUGUAGAAGGAGUGGUUAAGAAAGUGGCCCAGUAUAUGGCGGAUGUAUUGGAGGAUAGCAAAGAUAAAGUUCAGGAGAAUCUGUUGGCCAAUGGAGUUGACUUGGUUACAUAUAUAACAAGAUUCCAGUGGGAUAUGGCCAAAUACCCAAUCAAGCAGUCCCUGAAAAAUAUAUCUGAAAUAAUUGCCAAGGGAGUAACUCAGAUCGACAAUGACCUGAAAUCUCGAGCAUCUGCAUAUAAUAAUCUGAAAGGAAACCUUCAGAAUUUGGAGCGCAAAAAUGCGGGAAGCUUGCUAACUAGAAGUCUAGCAGAAAUUGUGAAGAAGGAUGACUUUGUUCUUGACUCAGAGUAUCUCAUCACAUUAUUAGUGGUAGUUCCAAAGUUAAACCACAAUGAUUGGAUGAAGCAAUAUGAAACUCUAGCUGAAAUGGUAGUCCCAAGGUCUAGCAAUGUACUCUCCGAGGACCAAGACAGUUACCUUUGUAAUGUCACCUUAUUUAGGAAGGCCGUCGAUGACUUCAGACACAAAGCCAGGGAAAACAAAUUCAUUGUUCGUGACUUCCAAUAUAAUGAAGAGGAGAUGAAAGCAGAUAAAGAAGAAAUGAACAGGCUUUCUACUGACAAGAAAAAGCAGUUUGGUCCACUUGUCCGGUGGCUGAAAGUGAAUUUCAGUGAGGCAUUUAUUGCGUGGAUUCAUGUGAAAGCUUUAAGGGUUUUUGUUGAGUCUGUUUUAAGGUAUGGCUUGCCAGUAAACUUUCAAGCAAUGCUACUUCAGCCCAAUAAGAAAACAAUCAAGAAACUUCGAGAAGUAUUAUACGGAUUGUACAAACACCUAGACAGCAGUGCAGCAGCUAUUAUCGAUGCUCCUAUGGAUAUUCCAGGCUUAAACCUCAGUCAACAGGAAUACUACCCCUAUGUGUAUUACAAGAUUGAUUGCAACUUGCUGGAAUUCAAGUAA